UGUGAUACCUUAAGCCUACAAACUUAAUAGGGUUUUGUUAAUAUGGGAGAGCGUGUUGGUUCUUGUUUAUGGAUAUACCAUGAGACCAAAGGUAAUCAAAAUCAUAGUGAGCUUGGCUAAAGUAAGUAAGCGACGCUGCUGAGUGGAAUACCCAGGCACCUGGGCUUAGUGCAGGGAGGAGCUCCAUGCUUCUCCAGGUGUGCCUGUCUCCAGAGCUAACAGCUUGGGGUGCAAGGCAAUCCAGAGUCGACAGAGCACAUGGCUGGGUCCAUGUGUGCUGACUUUGAUACUAGCUGUUGCUGUUGGAUAGAGCAUGUGGAUAGAGCUGUCGUCAGAGUUGUAACAAAGGAAAGCUCAAAGGAAUGCCAGCUUGGCUUUUUUUUUUUUUUUUUUUCCCUUAUCACUCAGCUGCACUGAAGCCCGACACCUCUGGUAGCCAGUGAGAAGCUGGUUUUGUGCUGCGCUUUUACGGGAGAAGCCUGGCUGCAUUAACUCUUAGUGAAACAAGAGCCUGGACAACUUAAUCAAUAUCCAGUGAUGGAGGUCAACUCCACAGAAGCCAGCAGCAGCUCCCAGGGAGGCACCGGCUGUCUGGAUCUGACCCUUGUCACCCACACUGAAACGGUGACUUUCACAGAAGUGGUGUCAGAAGAGGAGUGGGGAUCCUUUUACUAUUCUUUUAAGACAGAGCAGCUGGUGACCCUUUGGAUUCUCUUUAUUGUCACAAUUGCUGGAAAUGCCAUCGUGCUCUUCUCUACCUGGAGGAGGAAGCGGAAAUCUCGCAUGACCUACUUUGUUACUCAGCUGGCAAUCACAGAUUCAUUCACAGGACUCAUCAACAUCAUGACUGACAUCAUUUGGCGCUACACUGGAGAUUUUAUGGCCCCUGAUAUCGUUUGCAGGGUUGUUCGCUACUUCCAGGUGGUCCUUCUCUAUGCCUCAACUUACGUCCUCGUGUCACUGAGCAUCGACAGGUACCAUGCCAUCGUUUACCCCAUGAAGUUCUUGCAGGGAGAAAGGCAGGCGAAAGUGCUUAUUGGAGUGGCCUGGAGCCUCUCUUUCCUGUUUUCCAUACCAACUCUGAUUAUUUUUGGGAAACGGCAGCUCUCCAAUGGGGAAGUGCAGUGCUGGGCUCUCUGGCCUGAUGACUCCUACUGGAUCCCCUACAUGACAGUUGUGGCUUUCCUGGUGUAUUUCAUUCCUCUGAUCAUUAUCAGUGUCAUAUACUCAAUUGUGAUUCGAACCAUCUGGAUGAAGAGCAAAGCUCAGGCUGUCAUCAUAUCCAGCUGUCCUGGUGGCAAAACCUCCAGUGGCUACAGCAGUCGUGGGUUCAUAUCCAGGGCGAAGGUGAAAGCCAUCAAGUACAGCAUUGUGAUUAUCCUUGCAUUUAUUCUCUGUUGGAGCCCUUACUUUCUUUUUGAUAUCCUGGACAACUUCAACAUCCUCCCUGAGACCAAAGAGCGCUUCUACGCGUCUGUGAUUAUUCAGAACCUGCCAGCCUUGAACAGUGCCGUCAACCCCCUCAUCUACUGCUGCUUCAGCAACAGCCUCUGCCCCCCUUCUGAGGAAAGAAGAACUCAGAGGCUGGGGGGCACUUUCCGGGACAGGAGCGACGGAGGGCAGGAGAUGCAGGUCCUGUCGAAACCAGAAUACAUCUAGCACAGACAGUGUCCUGCAAAGCCACACUGGCACCUGUACAGAGGAAAACAGAGGCCUCCCACCAGCCCUGUGCACCGUGAAGCGGAUGGACACUGACUGGCAAGAGCCCACGCCUUGUGCCCCUCACAGCACAUAUAUUCUGGGUGGGCACUGCAGCUUCAUCAGCUGCAGGCUGCCAGUGCCAAGAUCAGUAUGAAGGGUUUGCAUGCCUCUGUUGUGAGGCUUCUUCUUGACCC